UGAAGAGUUUUCUAGUUCAUACUGUACACUGUCUUUGGUUCAAGGUUUGAUUUCGGUGACAGCGCUCCGCUCUAUCGGGUUUUGAGAGCCUGGAAUACGGGUUACUGAGGCGGAAAGCCCCGCUGUAGAGAGCCAAGAUGAUGAACAUGUGGAAAGUCCGGGAAUUGGUUGAUAAAGCAACCAAUGUGGUGAUGAACUACUCGGAGGUGGAGUCUAAGGUGAGGGAGGCCACCAACGAUGACCCCUGGGGACCUUCAGGACAGCAGAUGGCAGAGAUUUCCAGAUGUACGUUUAUGUAUGAGCAGUUUCCAGAGGUGAUGAACAUGCUGUGGAUCAGGAUGCUCAGGGACAACAAGAAGAACUGGAGAAGGGUCUACAAGUCUCUGCUGUUGUUGUCCCACCUCAUCAGGAACGGUUCAGAGAGAGUUGUCACCAGCGGCAGAGAACACAUCUAUGACCUACGAUCUCUAGAGAGCUACCACUUCGUAGAUGAUAACGGUAAGGACCAGGGAGUGAACGUGCGUCAGAAGGUGAAGGAGAUGGUGGGUCUGAUCCAGGAUGAUGAUAGACUGAGAGAGGAGAGGAAGAAGGCGAAGAAGAACAAAGACAAAUACAUUGGCGUGUCCUCUGACAGUAUGGGGGGAGGGUUCAGUAGAUACACGGGUGACCGGUAUGACUCUGGCGGUAACGAGGGAAGCAGCAGUGGGAAGUGGGAUGAGGACUGGAAGAGAGACCAAGGCCAGUUCCCCUUCAGUGAGAAGCUGGGGGAGAUCAGUGAUAAGAUCGGCAGCACCAUCGAUGACACCAUCAACAAGUUCAAGAAGCAUAGCAGAGAUGACUCACCAGACAGAUUCAGUGACAACGAGGAGGAGCGAGGUUACCCGUCGCGGAACGGUCAGUCUGGGAGGUCAGUGUUCAAAGACGAGGAGGAAACCGUGACGACCAAGAGCGUCCAGAUCGUCCAGGCAACAGAAACCACAGAAACCAGGAAGAGAGGUGGGGUUCCGUCCAAAACUGUGUCCCUGGGAGCCGCGGCCCACUACACAGGAGACAAGAGCCCCGAUACCUCCGCCAAACAGACUCCGUCAGCAGCAGCACCCAAGCCCUCCAACAGUGGUCUGGCUGACCUAUUGAUGGUAGAUACAGGACCCAGCCAGCCUGCAGCAGCCACCGACUUGAUAGGAGGAUUUGCUGACUUCUCCUCUCCUGCUGCCUCUGUCAGCCUCUCCACAGUACCUGCCUCCAGCGGGAACGGUGACUUUGGGGACUGGAAUGCUUUCCCUGACAGCCAGGCCCCCUUCGCCCAGCCUCUGGCCCCCAGCAACACUGACCUGUUUGGGGCUCUGUCGGCCAGCUCUGCUCCAGCCUCAGCUGACCUGUUUGACCUGAUGGGUCCGGUCCCGACCCAGUCUCUCUCUGCCUCUCAGAGCCUCACCUUUAAUAUGACCAGCACACAGACCAUCAGCAGUACCAUGCCACAGUCCAGAUCACUGGUGAUGGGCGGGCCGUUGCAGCCCCAGCAGCAGCAGCAAGUCAUGCUGGGUACCCAGGGUUCCAUGGGGUCAGCGAUCCCCUCCACCUGGUCUGACUCUUCAGUCAACAUCAGUCUGGACUUCCUGGCACCCGGCGUGCAGCCCCCCAAACCUGCCCAGCCCACCCUCAACACACUCCACGGAGGCCAGCCCAUCCCACCCGUCAACAUGCUCUCCCAGGGAUUCGCCGGCAUGGGCCUCGCCCCCAUCAGACCGGCUACAACUCUCAUGAUGCACCCCGGUGCUGGGAUGGGAAUGGGCAUGAACAUGGGCGCCAUGGGGAUGGGCAUGCCUGGUGCUAUGGGCAUGGGCAUGGGGAUGUCAGCCAUGUCUAUGGGCUCUGGCAUGGUACAGCAGCAGCCCAAGCAAGGCUUGGAGGCCUUCGCAGAUUUCGGCAACUUCAGAAACUGAGGGAAGAAGAGGUGAAGUGAAAGAGAGGGCUGUUUCUAUUUUACUCUCUAUCCAACCGACCGUCCUUGAAGGAUUGUGAAGAGCUGCAAACAAAGAGUACUUAAAUAUUGUCAAAUAUCAGAUACUGACUGCCACACCUCCAUUUCCUGUUUCUUUCCUUUUUUUAAGUGAUGUGUAGAGAGAUAUGAAUAUACAUGAAUGUAUGUAUGUUUUAAUCAGUUGGAACUUGGAAUGAAGUACCUUUUUAGAGGGUGUACAGUAAUGGUUGUGUGCUGUUGGGGUUUGAAUCAGAGAGAAAGAGAGAACAGCUAAGGGAGAAGGAGGGAGUGUGAGAGAGCGAAAAACACAGUAACUAAUGGUUGUGUGCUGUUGGGGUUUGAAUCAGAGAGAAAGAGAGAACAGCUAAGGGAGAGGGAGGGAGUGAGAGGGCGGAAAACACAGUAACCGAAUGAUGCUGAGACUCAGAUGUUUCACCUUUAAAAUGUAUGCCAAACAAAAACCAAUGAUUGCAAAGUUAAACAACCCAUACAAUUAUAUGCACAAGGACGACUUGUAUGGUUUGUUUAACUUUGCAAUAAUAGUUUUUUUGUUUUGAAUUGCAUUUAAAAAAUCAUUACCAUGGAAUUGUCCAUAUGAAUCUUCCUUCAAGAGAAUGUCAGUGGGGGUUUUGCUUUACUUAACCAAUUAAAUGUCCAGAGUAGCAGAAAUCUAGUUUUAUAUGAUAAUCCCACCCCAAUAAUUCCCCAUCCAUCUCUUUUAGUGUCAUGUUACCUCGACCUGUCCCUUCCUUACAACUGUAAAUAUUACUUUGGUGUGACGGACAAAUAAGUUAUUGAGUACUUGAUUAUGAUAUGAUGCCGUGAGAGGUGUGUGUCGAUUGGACAGAAUCAGAUGUCAAUCAAGACGUUGCUAUGGCAAGAUGCAUUGCCCUGGAGUCAGUGUUUAAUACUUACUUUAUAUAACAGCGUUCUACACCCCCAAUGUGGAAUUUCUGUUCAAUAUUAGAUUUAACAGAUCAAUCAAUCGUUUAUUGAUCGGUGGAUUUAAUAAGUGAAUGAAUGAAAAAUGAUUGAAAGCUGUUAAAUGAAGAAGCUGUUGUGUUGAUAAAACACAGAUCUCCUUUGUGGCCUUUCUUAUGGGUAAAUCUUUUUUAAAAUAAAUAUUGUCCUUUUUUUCCUUUCAUCCAAAUAAGAUAAUCAGUAGAUCUAGGAGCAACCUCAUGGUGGGUUGCGUUCUUUAAGGAACUGCACAUCGAGCCUGUAAGACGGAGGCCUUUUUCCUUCAUUAUAACUUACAGGAGACAGACGAUACAACUAUACAGUGGUCAAGACGGUUACUGUUAGGAGUCUACAGCACAGUAUGCAUGUGUGGUUCUUCCUGCUCCCUCUGGCCUCUGGGAGUAGGGGGAGUUGCCCCUAGUUGCUGAUCCUGGGUCAGUUUACCAUUUCCCCACUAAUGGUUAAGGUUGGGUUUGUGGGAGGGGAAGCUGAUCCUAGAUCUGUACUUGGGGGAAACGUCACCCCAGAGCGCAUCUCUGAAGGAGAGGUUUCUCAGACAGUCCAGGUCUAGGAGAGGAUUUGUCGCUCUUUUUUAUUUUUGUUUUGGCUGCAUCCCAUAUGGCACCCUAUUCACUUUAUAGUGCACUACUUUUGACAAGGGCCCAUAGGACUCGGGUCAAAAGUAGUGCACUAUAUAGGAAAUUGGUGCAAUUUGGAAUGCACACUCUGUACAUGUUGAAGUCAGGACCAUCUCUACUAGGCCAGUGAGUACCUCACAUGUACGCUAGACUCCUCUGUCUCAGAGCAAUGUCCUCUUCCAUGAGUUGGGGUCAAUUCCAUUUCAAUUCUGGAGGUACACUGAAAUUCCAAUUUCUUCAAUGCUUUUCAGUUAGAGAAUUGUUUUAUUUGGUUUACUUUCUCAAUUGACUGGAAUUGAAAUUGAGUUGACCCCAACCCUGCACAGAUACACACAGUAGCCUUCUGUCUGAGCUGAGGCAUUACCUGUUCGAAACGACCAAAAUCUAUCGACUCUUGUUUGUUUUUUCUAAGAGAUAAUAUCCUUAGGGGGUUGUGUUUAUUCUUUCGUGGUUUGUUUAUUUUUUUCUACUUAUUACAAUUGUUCUGAGAUCUUCUUCUGUAAUGUGAGAUUGUUACUGAAAAGAAAACACUAGUUUAUGCAAAUGUAUAAAUGGAAAAAACAAAGCAUCACCAAUGAAAGAAGCCUUGAGAAAAUGUAGUUUUUUUGAUUGUCCCAUCAUGAUCCUUUAUCUACGACAUUAAAACUGUUGAUUACA